AUGAGUUUGAGGAAGUUGAAGGUGGCGGUGACGGUGGGUGGUGAAGCGACGAACCCAAGCCCUAAUAAUGAGAGUGAGAAUAAGGCGAAAAGACAGACGGUAGUUCUGGGUAAUGGAAGCGAAGUUGUGUUCAUCCCAAGGUUCGUUAGCUUCGAUCAGGCUUGGACAUGGUUCGAUUACCUCCACACCCAUAUCCCCUGGACCAGACCCACCAUUCGCGUCUUCGGCCGUUCCUGCCUCCAGCCUAGAGAUACGUGUUAUGUAGCAAGCCCAGGACUUCCUCAAUUGGUUUACAGCGGCUACCAGCCUCGUGCCUAUUCAUGGGAUGAUCAUCCACCACUUAAGCAAAUCUUGGAAGCGGUCCAUAAAGCUCUUCCUGGCAGCAGUUUUAAUAGCUUGAUCAUAAAUAGGUAUAAAGGUGGUAAUGACUAUGUUGGUUGGCAUUCUGAUGAUGAGAAGCUUUAUGGAUCAACUCCUGAAAUCGCGUCCUUAUCCCUUGGAUGCGAACGUGAGUUCUUCUUGAAGAAGAAACCCAGUAAAACAUGCCAAGAAAGCAGAGAUGAUCAAGAACCUAAAAGUAAGCGAUUAAAGAGGAACCAUGCUGAUCAGCACUCUUUCACACUUAAGCAUGGAUCGCUAUUGGUGAUGAGAGGUUACACUCAAAGGGAUUGGAUGCAUUCGGUGCCUAAGCGGACAAAGGUAGAGGCAACUCGUAUCAACCUCACAUUCAGAUGGGUUCUUGAAGGCCCUGGUGCGAUGAGUUAA